GCGCCUUGUCAGGUAUGCCCUAUACUGAGCGGCCGUGAAAAAUGGAACGUCCGCCACGCCAAUCGCUGCCGCGGGUGGAACCUGGAACAUCAGCGGUGGUUUCGGCGGCGGAUGGGGCAUGUUGCUAUUAUUCUUCCUUGGGUCCCUCACUCUUCGAUUCGUCGCCCUUCGUGUAGAUAAAUCGCGCUGUGUCAUGGUGUUUGCCGAACAAGCUCAACAACGCGCAAAGGCAUGCUGCGCCAACCCCAAGUUUGUUAUCACGCAUCUGUGGUUCACGAUCUUGUUCUUCGCCAUGAUGUUCUCCCUCGGUGCCAUCGUCUUUGCUGCCAACAACAACGGCGACGGCCCGCAGUUUAGCAAGUCGCUCGGGUUUGCUGGUAUUUGGAUGAUGUUUCUCGUCAUUGCACUCUCUAUUGGUGGUACCAUGGUCCUGCGCAAGUACCAAACACCAAUCGCGAUCGGAUUUUUCAUUGGCGUCGUGAUCAUGAUGUCGUUGAACAUGUUCUCGCUCAGCGUGCUCUGUGCCGGCGCCGCGUACCUUGCUAAGCGCUCCAACAACGGCACUCUCAGCGAAAAUGGCUGGAAGGGACCUGUGCACUCGGAUGAAGCCUCGGCUGUCUUCUCUUUCUUUAUGUUUGUGCUUUACUUUGCUUUCGCUGUCGUCCUCGUCAAGCACCGCUCGAUCAUUAUCAAGGAUGGCAUCUCGAAUGAACUGCCGGAAAAGCUGCCGACGGUCGCGCCACAAGGCUCCGUCUCGCCGAAGGGAGCAAAGCUGGAAGAGAUCAAGACGGUCGCGGCGCCGCCCCCUGUCAGCGUCUAAUCACCUUUUUAUCAUUGCUGACAGAGCUUCAAUUUGCGGUAGCAAUUAAUAAAUAUACUCGCUGUUCAUGCAAAAAAUACAAAGUUUUCGUAAAAUUCGU